UCCAAACAGCUGGCUGUCAUUUUUCGCGAAGCGCAUUUUUCUGCUUCGUUAUUUUGCUCAACAGAUUUCUUAAAUUUAAUUUUAGUUUUUCCUAAAAAUUGUAGGUUUAAUAGCACUUUUUCAAAUGCAUUAAGUUUUGUAAAAGCAAUAAACUUGUGACGCUUCAAGCUGUGAUAAUCGUAAUUCAAACUGCCUUUCCAUCGUGUUCUCAGAAUCGCCAUUAGUGUUUAGCCGGCCACAAAAUGGUCCGUCCGAAGACUUCCCGCAAUGGAAAUUCCAAACGGAACCGCACCAGCUACCAGGAAGAAAAAGUCAACGCUAAAUUAAGAGAUUACGAUAUUUUGGCCGAUAGUUUAGUAGCAAAUCUGGAAUCAAUUUUCAAUGACAAACUCGAAGAGCUGUCGCUGGCAUUCAAAAUGGAGAAGACUCGUUUCCCCAAACAUGUUCUCCAGAUGCGGAUGGGCGAUCUCCGGCUGAUAGGGGCCAGCACCUUUGCCGAUCUGGAUAAAAUUACGCUGGAACCACCGGCUUGCGAUGGCAUGAGUUCGUUGGGAUCGAGCCAGCUUUCCAGCAGCUACAAUACGGGAUCCAAGGGCGAGAAGAAACAAUCGCGCGCCGAUGAAGGAUAUCUUACAGAGGAUAGUGCAACCAGCAACAGAAACUCCGACCUGCUAUCGUCAGCCAAGGGACGGCCCUACGGUCCCCUGGCAUCGGCCAUGAAAAAUAGACGACGAAGUAAAUCUGUUUCAUCGAAUUCCACUCCCUCCAAGCACCAUUCGUCGGUCCUGUUCGGGAUCAAAUCGAAGAAAACUUUCGGCGGUUCUCAAUCGCUGUUCGCUGAAAGUAAUCGCCUGUCGCGAUCCAAAUUCCGAACCCCGGUGCCGGGCAGCAGACUGAAGCAAACCGUAAGUGCCGAUCGUGGUAUGACCAUGAUCACUCCCAAAGUACAACCCAACACACCGAUGGCCAUUAUGCGCCAUGCUCGGCUCGGUGAAAGCAUCUAUUCCAUUACCGGAAGUCCGGUCAUCACCGCUGCGAUGGUGGAAGAAAUGGCCAACGUUAACAUUCCGAUCCAGAACGGCAUACUGUCGCUUCGGCCGACCGAGAUGGACUCGAUCGAUACGGGGUUGGUGCAGAAAAUCGAUUCGGACACUUUGGAGCACCUGAAAAAGCUACAGAUGAAUCUGAAUAAGAUCAUGCAGAUGGCCGAGGGAAACAAUUUCCAGCAGAUGUAAUUUUUUCAUUCACGUUUAUGAGCUUUAAAAUUUUGAAUCAGUAGACUGUUCUUUUUUAUGUAUUAGUUACUUUUCACUCAAUAAAUGUAAUUCCAAUUGUGUCUUAAUGCAAUCAAA